GCGUCACGGCCCUUCGUUUCGCUGUCUCCGCUUCGAACUCUCUAGAAGAAGGCUGCAAGGCCCUGUUCCUCCGACCCUCAGAAACCCUUCUCGCUGUUCCUUUCUUCUUGCUCAAUCGAUUCCAAUCGCCCUGGAACAAAUCCCCAUUCGUUGCUCUGUCUUGCUUUGAUUUCUUUCUAAUUCGUAGAGGUUUGGAGGUGGAGAUAUGGAGGAGGACUUCGAUCUGCCGGCGGGCGAGGAGAUGAUGAACGAGGACGCCAUGGAUUUUGCCGACGAGAGCCCCAUCAUCAAGGUUGGGGAGGAGAAGGAGAUCGGGAAGCAGGGCCUCAAGAAGAAAAUCGUCAAGGAUGGCGAGGGCCGGGACACCCCCGAGGUCGGCGACGAGGUCGAAGUGCACUAUACUGGAACGCUACUCGAUGGGACAAAGUUUGAUUCGAGCCGCGAUCGGGGGGCGCCAUUCAAGUUUAAGCUUGGACAAGGCCAUGUGAUAAAGGGAUGGGAUCAAGGUAUCAAGACGAUGAAGAAGGGUGAGAAUGCCGUCUUCACCAUCCCUCCUGAGUUAGCUUAUGGUGAAUCUGGCUCUCCUCCCACAAUUCCACCCAAUGCCACACUCCAGUUUGAUGUUGAACUGCUCUCCUGGUCGAGUGUUAAGGACAUAUGCAAAGAUGGAGGCAUUAUGAAGAAGAUCUUGAAAGAAGGAGAAAAAUGGGAGAAUCCUAAAGAUCUUGAUGAAGUACUUGUGAAAUAUGAGGCCCGGCUCGAGGAUGGAACUGUAGUAUCGAAAGCUGAGGGAGUGGAGUUCACUGUCAAAGAUGGAUUUUUCUGUCCUGCACUGGCUAAAGCUGUGAAAACCAUGAAGAAGGCUGAAAGGGUGCUGCUUACUGUGAAGCCACAAUAUGCAUUUGGUGAGAAGGGUAGACCGGCUUCUGGUGAUGAGGGUGCUGUGCCACCAAAUGCUACCCUUAGUGUGGAGCUUGAAUUAGUCUCUUGGAAGACUGUUACAGAGAUAGGGGAUGAUAAGAAGAUCCUCAAGAAAAUUCUUAAGGAAGGAGAGGGAUAUGAACGUCCAAAUGAUGGUGCAGUUGUGACAGUGAAAUUGAUUGGGAAGCUUCAAGAUGGUACAGUGUUCGUGAAGAAGGGUUAUGAUGAUGAAGUGCCAUUUGAGUUCAAGACUGAUGAAGAACAAGUCAUUGAUGGUCUUGACCAAGCUGUGAUUACCAUGAAAAAGGGGGAGGUUGCUCUUAUCACAAUUCCACCUGAGUAUGCCUUCUGUUCCACUGAAUCAAAGCAAGAUCUUGCAGUGGUUCCACCAAACUCCACGGUAACUUACGAGGUUGAGCUUGUAUCCUUUGUGAAGGAGAAGGAGUCUUGGGACAUGAACAACGCAGAGAAGAUUGAAGCAGCUGGUAAGAAGAAAGAAGAAGGAAAUGCACUAUUCAAAGUGGGUAAAUAUGUAAGAGCUUCCAAGAGAUAUGAAAAGGGGGCGAAGUUCAUCGAGUAUGAUAGCUCUUUUAGUGAUGAGGAAAAGAAGCAAUCGAAAGUGCUAAAGAUUACAUGUAACCUCAACAACGCAGCCUGCAAGCUUAAGCUCAAAGACUACAAGCAGGCAGAGAAGCUUUGCACGAAGGUAUUGGAGCUUGAUAGCAGGAAUGUAAAAGCCUUGUAUAGAAGGGCCCAAGCUUAUAUUCAGCUUGCUGAUUUGGAUUUGGCAGAGGUGGACAUUAAGAAAGCUCUUGAAAUUGAUCCAGACAAUAGGGAUGUGAAGUUGGAAUACAAGACUCUGAAGGAGAAGGUGAGGGAGUACAACAAGAAAGAUGCCAAAUUCUAUGGAAACAUGUUUGCCAAGAUGAGCAAAUUAGAACAUGCGGAAGCCAAUAAGUCUGCUUCAAAGCCGGAGGCAGAGCCCAUGAGCAUUGACGGUGCAGCUUGAGUUUAAAAUGAAGCUGAGUCAGUAUCUGUGUGGGUGUGGCUUCUUUUUUGUUCUUUUUUCUUUUUUCUGGCUUGGCAAGCUGCAUCUUUUGGAGUUGAAGUCAUAUUUCUUAAUUACGAGGACACAGAAAUUGCUCAGUGGGAGGGUCUGGUCUCUGCAACUGACAUUCUCAGGGUCAACAAUGUGCUGUUAGGUUUGGCUCCAUUCCGGCAGUCAAAUAGAUCUAUGAGCACUAAGAAAUUAAAAAUGUGGAUAAACGUCUUUCUGGGUAUUCUAUAAAAGUUAGGGAGUGGCUGCUUAUAUUUAUUAUCCA